CUGAGAUGGGAACGGAGAUGUCGAAAGAUUAACGCCGACGGUUUUCGAAAUAACGAUUAAUUACGAACCGGGAGAGCAAACGUCAGCAGCCAUGGAGUUCUCUCUGCAGUGUGAGAGAUUGAGGGCGGUGUGUGAGCCGGCUUUAGGAUGGCCAGUGACGGUUCCAGUAUUCCCAGUCCUGUGGUUUGUCAGAUUGAUAAACAGUUCCUGAUCUGCAGCAUAUGCCUGGAUCGCUACGACAACCCCAAAGUCCUGCCCUGUCUACACACGUUCUGCCAAAGGUGUCUGCAGAACUAUAUUCCGGCUCACAGUCUGACUCUGUCGUGUCCGGUGUGUCGUCAGACCUCCAUCCUGCCUGAGAAAGGUGUAGCAGCACUGCAGAAUAACUUUUUCAUCACUAACCUGAUGGAGGUCCUGCAGAGAACCCCUAGCAACAGUAACCAGGAGAGCUCCGCCCUGGACACUAUCAACGGCGUGGCUACAGGCCAGCCCCUGUCCUGCCCCAACCACAGAGGCAAUGUGAUGGAGUUUUACUGCCCCCCGUGUGAGACGGCCAUGUGUGAGCAGUGUACGUGUGGAGAACACGCAGAACACGCCACCGUGCCGCUGAAAGACGUGUUAGAGCAGCAGAAGUCCUCCCUGCAGGAGCAGCUGAACGCCGUCAAAAACAGGCUGCCGGAGAUUGACUCUGCCCUGCAGGUGCUGUCAGACAUCCUGCAGCAGCUAGCCAAUCAGAAGAGCCUGAUAGAGCAGGACAUCCACGCCACCUUUGACGAGCUGCAGAAAACCCUCAAUGUCCGAAAGAGCGUCCUCCUCAUGGAGCUAGAGGUCAACUACGGUCUCAAACAGAAAGUCCUACAGGCCCAGUUGGAUUCUCUGCUCCAGGGUCAGGAGGGUCUAAGCAGUAGCUGUAGUUUCACUGAGCAUGCCCUGUCCCAUGGCUCUGAGGCUGAAGUCCUACUGGUAAAAAAACAGAUGAGUGAACGCCUCAGCGAACUGGCCAAUCAGGAGCUGCCGCUGCAGCCGGAGGAGAACAACCAGCUGGAGUUUGUGGUGGAGACGGAGGGACUCCGAAAAUCCAUCCACAACCUUGGCGCCAUAGUCACUACCAACGCCGUCGCCUCGGAAACCGUCGCCACCGGCGAGGGCCUGAGGCACUGUGCGGUCGGGCGGCCCACCUCCAUCACCGUGACGACCAAGGACAAGGACGGCGAGCUUUGCCGGACCGGCAACGCCCUGCUGACGGCCGAGCUGAGCGCUGCGGAUGGGACGUCGCCGGCGGACGACUCGGGCGGGGAAGUUAUCGACCAUAAGAACGGCACGUACGAGUUUGCGUACACGGCGCCUCGAGAGGGGCGUUUCACGCUCUCACUGAAACUUUACGAUCAGCACAUUAAGGGGAGCCCGUUCACCAUCCGCGCCACCAAACCCACCGAAAUCUCGCCCAACGCCAGCGACGGCGCCAAGAAGCGGCUGAAGUCGCCGGGCAGCGGACACGUCAAACAACGCGCCAUCAAACGCCCAGCCAGCAUGUACAGCACAGGCAAGAGGAAAGAGAACCCGAUAGAGGACGACCUGAUGUUUAGGAUAGGUACAAAGGGGAGAAAUAAAGGGGAGUUCACUAAUCUUCAGGGUGUGGCUGCAUCCUCCCACGGCAGAGUCCUGAUCGCCGACAGCAACAACCAGUGUGUCCAGAUAUUCACUAACGAUGGACAGUUUAAAAGCCGUUUUGGAGUGAGGGGGCGGUCACCAGGGCAACUCCAGCGCCCGACGGGCGUGGCUGUUCACCCAAACGGUGACAUCAUCAUUGCUGACUACGACAACAAGUGGGUCAGCAUUUUCUCCAGCGACGGGAAGUUUAAGACUAAGCUGGGUUCGGGGAAGCUGAUGGGCCCUAAGGGGGUGUGUGUGGACAGAAACGGUCACAUUAUCGUUGUGGACAACAAGUCCUGCUGUGUCUCCAUUUUCCAGCCCAAUGGCAAGCUGGUCACCAAGUUUGGAAACCGUGGUAACGGAGAUAAACAGUUUGCAGGACCCCAUUUUGCUGCUGUGAACCAAAACAAUGAAAUCAUUGUGACAGAUUUCCAUAACCACUCUGUGAAGGUCUUUAGUUCUGAGGGGGAGUUUGUGCUGAAGUUUGGUUCCAAUGGGGAGGGGAAUGGCCAGUUUAACGCCCCUACAGGAGUGGCUGUGGAUGUUAAUGGGAAUAUCAUCGUGGCAGACUGGGGCAACAGCCGCAUCCAGGUGUUUGACGGCAGCGGUUCGUUCCUGUCCUACGUUAACACCUCAGCUGACCCCCUGUACGGACCGCAGGGUCUCGCCCUGACCUCAGACGGGCAUGUGGUGGUGGCUGAUUCGGGGAACCACUGCUUUAAAGUGUACCGCUACCUUCAGUGACCACGCCCACACUCCUCCCUCUCCUGCCAACUGAAGACCUGCACUCAUCUCUCUGUCGUUUCUGUGUCAUGUCCGACGCGCACACCGUACGCACUCAUCGCAUCGUGACCUUUGAUCUCUGACCCUUCACCUUUCAAGUUCGACAUUUAGACGCAUUCAUCAGAAACUCUCUCGACAAACAGACAAACGAGACAGCGGUCAGGGAGGCUGUACUCCUUCUGUAAAUAGAACUCCUCAUAGGUAGAAUGUUCUUCUCAUUAUUCACCUCCCAGGGAAGACUCCAGGCCUGGUCACUUCUCCGUUGUCUGGAUCACUGACGUCCUGGCUGGAGGAGAGUGAACUGUAGUCUAGUUCUGGGGGCCUGUCCUACUUGUACAGAUCACUCUGACAGCGCUGGUAACCCACACAGAGCCGGUGUGAGAGGACACCAGGCUGGUGUCCGUUCACUGAGCGAGGCUCUGUGUGUCUUCACUUUGUAUUAUAGUUUUAAAUGAACCAGGGUCAAGACAGAGACGCUCUUUAACACA